UGGUUUGAGAUUCUCCUUUCAGAUCUUUUGUUCUUCGAAACCCAAACGGAUUACUAAAAUUUUUAAGUUGAAAGGGGAAUCAAAAGCAGAAUACAUCGGGUUCAGCUCAUUGAUGUGUUUAUUCAUCCCAUGCCCAGCACCGAUGCAAAUGUCUCAGAAACCUAAAAUUUCAGGUACUUACUUCGAUCAGCCGGUCAAAGAGUUGGAGUCCUAUUGUUUGCCUCCCAACCAAAGCUUAGAUCAGUACCAAUCUGGCUCUGAUGACGGCAGCAAUGGUGUGCAACAAUCGGUUCAUAAUCCAGAUCAGUACUGCACCCUUGAUUCGUCAUCCGGUAUGCAGAACUCUUCUUCGACAGCCAGUUUCUCACCCGAUGGCAGUCCUGUUUCGCAGCAGAACUACUCGUACCCAUCAAACCUUCAUCAUUCCCCAGAAUAUACAUGUGGUUCACCAAUAAGCGGUUCUUGUGUAAUAGACAAUGAAAAUGCCUUGGGGCACAUGAUAAGACAAUUGGAAACUGCUAUGUUAGGCUCCGAUUUAGAUAAUUUUGACCUUCAUUCAAUUGCCGCUUCCGGCAGAGCCACUGAAGUCUCUACCGAAGCAGAGAGGUGGAAAUACAUGAUGGAAAUGAUCGCCAGAGGGGACCUGAAAGAACUGCUUUGUGCUUGUGCCAAAGCUAUAGAAAAUAAAGAUAUGUAUGUGGCCGACUGUUUGAUUACGCAAUUGCACCAAAUGGUGUCAGUUUCGGGUGAACCAAUACAACGUCUAGGAGCCUACAUGGUGGAAGGUCUUGUUGCAAGGUUGGCUUCAUCAGGAAGUUCUAUCUACAAAGCCCUCAGAUGUAAAGAACCUGCUAGUGUUGAACUGCUUUCAUACAUGCACAUCCUCUAUGAAAUCUGCCCGUAUUUCAAGUUUGGCUAUAUGUCGGCAAAUGGGGCAAUUGCUGAAGCCAUGAAAGAAGAAAGUCGAGUCCAUAUAAUUGAUUUUCAGAUUGCCCAAGGAAGCCAAUGGUUGACCCUAAUCCAUGCCCUUGCCUCUCGGCCUGGAGGACCACCAAGCAUCCGUAUAACCGGCAUUGAUGACCCUACAUCAUCUUUUGCCAGAGGGGGAGGACUUGAAAUAGUGGGGCAGCGACUACGCAAGCUUGCCGAGUCGUGUAAGGUACCCUUUGAGUUCCAUGCAGCUGCUAUUUCUGGUACUGAGGUUCAACUUGAAAACCUCAGGAUUCAACCCGAUGAAGCCAUUGCUGUAAAUUUUGCCAUGAUGCUGCAUCACAUGCCAGAUGAAAGUGUGGGCACGGAGAACCAUCGGGACAGGCUGCUGAGGUUGGUGAAGAGUUUGUCCCCGAAGGUCGUGACCCUUGUUGAGCAAGAAGCAAAUACAAAUACCGCUCCGUUCCUUCCCCGUUUCAUGGAGACAAUGGGUCAUUAUCUGGCUAUCUUUGAAUCAAUUGAUGUUAGCCUGCCAAGGGAACACAAGGAGCGGAUCAAAACUGAACAGCACUGUCUGGCCCGGGAGAUCGUCAACAUUAUAGCAUGCGAAGGGCCUGAAAGAGUGGAACGUCAUGAACUUCUAGGCAAAUGGAGAUCAAGGUUUAUUAUGGCUGGCUUUACACCCUCUCCAUUAAGCUCAUUCGUCAACAAUACCAUCAAAACUCUGCUGCAAAGCUAUUGUGACAAGUAUACACUUGAAGAGAGAGAUGAUGUUCUUUAUCUCGGCUGGAUGAAUCGAGCUAUUGUCGAAUCCUGUGCAUGGAGAUGUUAACCGAUUGAUAACUGUUUUGACAGUGUUGAUACAACCUUUAUUUGGAAAAAGAAAACAUGACAAAAACAAAAGAUUAAAGCUUAUUUGGUAACCAUGUCAUUUCCAGGGAUGCAAUGUAAAUAAGGUGUUUCUAGAAUUAAAU